GGGGCGGGCAUUUUGAAGUGAGCGAGGAAAAAUGGCGACCAUCGUGAUGAAGUUGAACGGGACUAUUUACACAACAGUAAUGGAUUUACCGUACAGUCUGGCAAACAAAAUUAGAUUAUCUACGUUAUUCGUAUUAAUACUCGCUUUUACGAGUAGUAGCUCAGGCGAAAACACAUAUGAAGAUACCACUUACGAAUUUCUCAAGCGAGAGUAUUCGCUGAGUAAGCCAUACCAAGGACUGGGCUCCUCCAGCUCCUCACACUGGGAGUUCAUGGGAAACACCAUGAUCAUGCCUGAACACAUACGGCUGACACCAGACUUGCAGAGCAGACAAGGAGCUGUAUGGAGUCGUAUUCCCUGUUACCUCAGGGACUGGGAGCUCCGAGUACAAUUUAAGAUCCAUGGUGAGGGCAAGAAGAACCUGAAUGGGGACGGCCUUGCAAUAUGGCUGACCAAAGAGCGAAUGCAAAAUGGUCAAGUGUUUGGAAACGCAAACUUUUUUACAGGUCUGGGUGUUUUUGUAGACACUUAUCCCAAUGAUGACAAGCAGCAUGAGAGAACGUUUCCUUUUAUCUCUGCGAUGGUCGGGAACGGGAGUGUUGCAUAUGAUCAUGACCGUGACGGACGGCUUACUGAUCUUGGUGGCUGCGCUGUUCACGUUCGUAAUGUUGAAUAUGACACAUUCCUCCUGAUCAGAUACAUGAAGAACAGACUCACAGUGAUGACAGAUAUCGAGGGGAAGCAAGAGUGGAAGGACUGCCUGGAUAUGCCUGGAGUGAGGCUGCCACAAGGUUACUACUUCGGCGCUUCAUCAGCCACUGGAGAUUUAUCAGAUAACCAUGACCUGAUCUCCUUCAAGCUUUAUGAGCUUACAGUGGAACGGAGUCCUGAAGAGGAAGAGGACCAGCAGGAGAUCACAUUGCCAAGUGUAGACUACCGAGUGAACCCUAAUGUUCUUGUGGAGGAUGAAGGAAGGAGCAUCAUCACCACCUUCUUUCUCUUCAUUGUUUCAGUCGUUGUGCUGGUUGUAGUGGUAGUGGUUAUUCUCUUUCUAUAUAAUCACUAUAAAGAGAACCGCCGCAAACGCUUCUACUGAGCAAAUUGAAGAGCAAGUGACAGGAAGGAAAUGGGACGAGAGAUCCAACAUGAGUGUGACUGGCAUUUUUGCAAUGGGCCGCUUCUUGUCCUCACCUCUGCUACAAACAGGAAGGACCUGAAGGCCAACGCUGAACUAAAAGCCAUACCUGACCUCUCCAAGUGAAAAGCAACCACCUCAAUCAUGAUUAUGAUGUAUUUGAAUGGGUGUGCAUCUGUUUUUGAAGGUCUCUUCGGAUUUUUGUGUGCGUUUGCUGUAUUUUUAUACCAAUUACACUGACCUUGGCCUUUCACCCAGAGGCAGCACAGAGAACUAUGUGUGACAGCAUGUACAGAGACACAAUAGUUUAACAAACUGUUGUAUUCUCAGGUUGCCUACUGUAAUCCCAAAAGCCCUUGUGUUUUUCUUUCAAUUUGGACAGAGAUGAAUCAAAAGAAAAUACGAACAUCACCCUGACCUUGACCUCCAUCUGUCACAAUCAUCUCAUCAGCUGUCAGCAGUCAUGUUUUAACUUGUGUCAAAUUGAUUAAACUUGAUAUUCAUCCUUACAUAAGUAAUGCUGCCCAACUUUACUGUUAUAAACAGACAGUAACAACCAUCAAUGUGAAGUGAAGAAUGUUUUCCCAAAUGUCUGUUUUGUAAUAUAUAUGAUGUCUUUUGUUAUAUGUGAUCCUGUUUUAUGUAUCAAAAGCUGCACUGAACUGCUUGGCCAGAUGUAGCUUAUCUGGAGUUACUUUGGUUUGUCAUGAUUUAACCACUUUAUCUGACAGUUCCUGUUAAACCUUUAUAUUUCAUGUUUUCAUGGCCUUAUUUGAAUACUAUGUUUAAUCUUAUUGAUGAUGCCGUGUCUAUUCCUGUAUCUUAAAAUCUUCCGGAAAGAGGUGGAGAUGGAAAGCUGGUGCAGCAGUUUGACAGUUCCUGUUUUUUUCAGUAAUUGCACUAUUGCAAAGAUAUGCAAGGGGUUUUGCUUUUGUCCAUGUUCCAGUCUUUCCUAUCACUUCUAGUCGCUGCUCUCUACAGUUGUGCAACAUUUGUCAAUUGUUUUAUACUGGGAGAGAUUACAUUGCCGUUCUCGUCAGCUCAGUGAUUGAGCAAGCUGCUGUAACAAACUGAUGUUUUCAUGGUUGUCACCAACAUGUUGAAUGUUGAAACGUCUAAAUGAAACAUUUAAAGAUUA